AUGCUCUCUGAAAUCUCACCGGCGACCGGAAACCUCAACCCUUCUGACAGACCACCAGAUCCAGGAACUCCACCAUCUCCUGGGCAGAGUAAUACAGCCGCGAUCUCAGCCACCAAUACUGGAGGCCCCACUGCAGGGACCGACUCUAUGGCGGUCGACGAUCAGCCGAAUCAAACUGCAGAAGGAUCCUCAAAAACGGGACCUAUUUCUUAUGCGAAUGCAGUCUCCGGGGUGCCUGCUAGCCCUUCGGUGGGGAUGUUAGCCUAG